UUAUCAGCUUUUACCUACAACGAAGCCCGGAGUGUGGUGGCGUUUCUCAAGAAAAAUAUCUUCACACGGUUUGACACUCAUCGGGAGAUCAUCAAUGAUGUGGGUUCUCAUUUUUGCAAUAGGGCAUUUGAUACUUUGCUUGCAAAGUAUGGUGUCAAUCACAAGGUGUCAAACCCUUAUCAUCCUCACGCUAGUGGACAAGUUGAGGUCUCCAACAAGGAGAUAAAUAGCAUAUUGUCAAAAACUGUUAAUGCAAAUUGGACUGAUUGGUCAAGGAAACUGUUGAUGCUUUGUGUACUUACAGGACUUCUUAUAAGACUCCAACUG